AUGGUUGACGAGGUACUGCCCGCUGGAUCACUGACCCGUCAGAAUCCCGUUCAGUUGAUGCCAAGUAGUGCAGAGGCUAUCUUUAAGGUCAAAGCAAACUUUUUAGUAAAGACCGUACAACCGUCUCUGGUGUUGGAGGGACAUCUCGAGGGUGCGGCUUUGGUCAGCCAGACUAACGAUUUGGUUUUGCGGGCGGAGUGUGAGGAUGCUGGUGGCGGUCAGGCGGCCUGCAGUGGUCCAAUGAGCUGGCACCUUUCUGGAAUCUACCCCAGCGGCAAAGUAGUGCCACUAACGCCCUCAAAGCAAAAGAGCACAAUCGAAGAAUUGCAUUCAAAGGACCUUAUAUUGCCGUCAAGCUUUCUCGGUGCACUGCCCAAUAGGAUCCUUCUGAACGUGUGCUUUCGCGUUAAUAUCAGCAGCCAGGAUACCGCCGACGCCUGCAGGCGUUUUGCCUUCAGCUCGCCGCCAGAAAUCAUCAAUUGCGCCACCAAUGCCUCGAACCAAGUUAAACUUUUUGAGGUUAUCUGGGUGAAAUGCAGGAUCCUGAUGCGCGAGGGAAAUGAUGCAACCGAGUUCAGGGUUGAUGCUCUCCAAGGUCAGUCUCGCGUAACCCUGGCAACGGCCUAUACUCCGACCCUAUUUGUGACACUACCCUUCUUCAAGGCAGCGCAAGAUAUCUGCUUUCGCGUUAUCGACCGCUUUCACGCCUUUGCGGAAGAGUGCGUUGCCACCGUUCAGGUCAUUUUGCCGCCAACCAAUCAAAUUUACGCCAAGCUGCAGGCCUUGAUGAACGCGACGGAUAACCCCCUUGAGGAGACCCUGAGAACUAGGGACCACAAAGAACUAGCCAACGUGAUUUCUUCCCUGGCCUCGGUUCAGGCAGCACUGAGCUACGGGGACUUCGAAGGUGAGUCAGCCAAGGCCUUCAUUCGCGAACUCUAUAACAUAUUGAAAUAUCCGCUCCGCCCGCACUGUUAA